AUGCUGCAGCACUUCCAUUUGACUCAGAUUAUAUCAAAGAAAGCCAACCAAAUAAUUACAAAUAAUAAAGUUGGCUAUAAGACAAUAAAUUUAAUGACAAAAAGAAAAUAGCUAGUUUAUUUAGAAACGACUUAGAGAUUGACAGUCUUUCUAUCUGCACUCUCUUUAAUUCUAUUGCUAACUUUAACGAAAAUAAGUUCUCAUAUGAUUUUUAUGAGCGAUUUGAAAAUAUUUUUAUUUACCUGCGCUUUAAGAAUACCAGAUAGUUGGCAAACGCCUUUAGAGGAAUGGCUCUAUAUUACACUCCAUCUGACUAUUUAUUUGGCUAAAUAGAAAGAUAAGCAUUAUACUUUUUAGAAAAAAAGCAAUUUGAUAACGAUUUGCAUUCUUUUUCUACAAUUUUAUACUUCAUGUCCCUUCAUUCAAAAGGAACACUCAAAUUUUAUAACAGCUUUGAACAAUUUACCAUUAAGAACUUAAAAAAUUUUAAUAUGCGUUAAUUAAACUUUAUCUUUUUUAGCUUCAAAUUCUCUCUCCAUUAUCACUUAGAACGCUAAAACAAGGAUCUAAUUAUAGAUCACUUAAUUUCUUGCUUUCCUCAGUUGA